CAUAAAUCACGGCGACAACAAGCAGAAGUCCCAACUCAUUGACGUUGGCAAUGGCCCGUGAACAGGCGGGUGAGCUGCCCAUGACUCCCUUUUCCAUUGAGCUCUCCUCGGUGGAUCGCUGCUCAGUGGAUCGGAAUGCCUCCUUCAUGAGUGCGCAUUCGUCCCCGAGCUUUAGCCAAGAGCCUGACGUUGAGGGGCUACGGAGGUCGAUGGGGCGGGGAGUUUGUAGAGAGUACACAGCUGCAGGUCUUUGCUUUGCAUGGCCGGGCCUUCUCUUUGGAUCCAUUUUUCUACUGUGCGGAGCUUUGGCGCCAAAGCACCUGGGACAGCACAGAGCUCCGUGGAGGUUGGCCAUCAUGCGUGCAAGAAAAUGUCAAGUCAUCAUAAGACAAAGACUCCCUAAGUGUUUACACAUUCCUCGUCAUAUGCAUGUGUACCAUGGAUUCCCUGCUUUCGCACAGCUGUUCCCGAAAAGAGCCAGGACGUGCCACUCCGCAGUUGUGCAUACGCUGAUGGACCUCGGUCUGGUGCAUAUUGGCAUGAGCUUGUGGUGCUGCGCGAUGGUUUUGUGGUUUGCGGAUCAGGUGGGGAAGCUGGUUGGUUUCCGAUUUGCAGCGCACCACUACAAGGAGCAGCAGCGUGAACGGGAAGAGAAAGAAGCAGAGCUGAUGUCUACUCGAGUUCAGAGGAGGAUGGAGAUCGCGAAGAAUUGCUCGAUUGUGUCUGCUGCUAUAUUUAUUGUCCUGGUCUUUGUGCUUUGGAUAUGGGGCAUAAUAUGCAUGGAUUCUCCUCUGAAGUGCGGCUGGGCUCGUGUUGCUUUCUGGUGCUUGUUUGCUAUAUCUAUUGCUUCGCUGACACUGGGAGGAUUCAUUCUCUUCAGAUACCAUGAUAGGAUUGAGAUUAGCUGAUCGUGAUUGAGAAAA